AUGAAUCGGGGUAAGGGGGGUGGGUCACCAAAAAAACUACGGCUACCGCCCGUGCAGCAGCGUGGGACGAGUUCGCAACGCUUACCACAGGAGUCGCGCAGGAAGACUACAUCUAAAGAGCGGACAAUCUCUACCGGGUCGAUGAGUCAGCAACGCGGCAGUAUGCGCGGUCGGCAGGGAAGCGCAACUAGCCGUUCUGGUCCGCAGGGGAGGACGCUUAGUAGUGAUACUUCAACGCGUCGCAGCUCCGUGUGGGGUACAGGAUCAAGGAGACCCACUUCCUGCUUUACCGCAGACCGGCUUACGUACCCUACGGGAAGCCGUGGGACAACAUCAAAGAGUGGUGGAAACACAUCGAACUCGCGCCUGCAUCGUGUGGCAAUGGAGGUGUCAGUGAGUCGUCUCCAGCGUUGGUUCCGCGUGACGCUGCUGCGAAGACUUGUAGAUUCUCCUGACGCAUUGGCUUCUCGGAUUGAGAAGCGGUAUACCUGGGAGCACCGUCUAUGGAAGUUGCGCACACGCAUUGCUAAACGCAUUAUUGUCGAAGCUUGCACCGCGUACGCAUUGUCUCUUGACCUGAAAGGGAAGGAAGAGGGUAGGGUUGCAGAGCACAAUGCAGUGAUGGUGAUGACGUUCCUUCGCGCACUUGAAAGUUUGCGUCUGAAAUGGAGGAAGCAGCAAGAAGUGUUUAAGCACGCAGUUAGCAUUAUUGAGAGAGCGUGGAUACGGUGCAACACACGCACUAACCCGAUGCAAACAUCCCGCGAGAGGAAGUUGAUUCGGCUUUUAAUGGACGAAGAGAGUAUUGAGAGGCGAGAACUUGUCAGGCGACGCUUACUUUUUGUGAUCAAUUGCCACCAGUUGUGUUACAAUGAUCCGUUGGUACUGGAGACGUGCCUUUCAGCGAAAACGCUUCACAUAUCUGAAAAUCUUUUCACUAACAACACCACUGAUGAGAAAUCAUGGUGUGGACCUGCGACUCUGCAGGAGGAGGCUCCCACUGAUGGAACCAAAGAGAGGCAAGUGCUCUCGCAUUCGUUGUCCUUGUGGACGCGCUCUUCCCACUGCUCAAGUAUUUUAAAGAGUAUGACCAAUUUAACCAUGGCUGGCUACAUGGACGAAUGUGGCAAGGGAAAGGAGGAGAAGAAUUACGCAUGGGUGAAUUUAGCCGAUACCGAAAACCCUUCUGAAGGACCAUAUCGAAGACGUGCAAAUGCUUGCUUUGUUACAGCCAUUCUCCUGGAGAAGGGCCACCUGACGUUCCCCGAAUCUAUGGGCGCCGGCCAAUCUGGGUUGGAUCCCAGGCCAGAUUUAGCUAGUGGAUCUGCCCCUGUUCAGUGUAGGGCACGUAUUCAAGACACAGAGAAAGCAUUGGAAAAAGUGGAGGUGCGUUUCGUUAGAGAGGGCCCUCUAUCUUUGCGGGAACCUCUUCAUUCACUUUCAACAUUCAAGGAGUUCCGCGUGCUCAUGAAUUCGCGCAGGAAGCAGAAUUCUAGAGAGCAAACCAAGGCGUUUAUUUUGGGUCCCAACGUCACGUUAGACAAUUUGCAUUAUCUUUACCCAGUUUAUCGAAAAGUUAAGAAGGGAAAGGAUCUGAAACCGCUUUCACACCUGAGUGUCACCUCAGAUGCUAUGGGAGAAGAGUGGUCAAAACUCCUAUACGUGGCAUGGACUGAAGAGUGUCUGUCGCGGCCCCCAUCACACUCCUUCGCAUGGCUCUCCCUCGCUAGACCCGAAAGCUCCAGAAGUUACCACAGGAGACCCUUUCACACUGGCAUCUGUGAGGAUUCCAAUCACCCCUUGCAUGACCUCCUAGUUGGCACGGGGGGGAAACAGCGGUCCUUGAAGACUAACUUGAUGAGUGUUAGUUUUUAUGACGAUGAGUCGGACAAACAGCAGCAGAAUGCGGAUCCGUAUGUGGACCAUGAAAAGAUUCGUUACGAGGUUGAGCGUCUGUUGAUUCAGGAGUACCGGCGCCGUAAGUGUAUCGAAGAAACGCAUAAAGCAGGUAUCCACACGAUCGAGGGCAUGAUUGCAAGGGAGCGGGGCACCGCCUUUUCGUCUGUAAAAAAGCCUUCUAGCGCCCCCGUUGGCCGUGGCAUGUCGACAACAUUCCUUCGGCUACUGCGUGAAUCUGGUAGGGUAUAG